GCUCUAUAGGCUUUGAAAAAUAGUAUACAAGAAACGAUGGCUUGGGAUCUUGUGCCUUUCUUGGCCAUUGCUCUACUGCAAGUGGGCUAUGCAGGAUUGAACAUCAUAUCAAUGCUUGCCAUGCAAUCUGGCAUGAACCCUCUUAUUCUCGUCGUUUACCGGCUAGUUUUUGCAACCAUAGCAAUCGCUCCUUUUGCAUAUUUUAUGGAGUGGAAGACGAGACCCAAGAUAACAAUACCUAUUUUGUUCCAGUUAUUUUUGUGCUCCUUAACAGGGGGAACUGGAAAUAUGCUCUUUUACCUUGUAGGUUUAAAACACUCAACCCCAACAAUUGGUAGUGCAUUAAGUAAUACACUUCCAGCAUUCACUUUCAUCCUGGCUGUCCUUUUCAGGCAAGAAUCUGUGGGAAUUAAGACCAAGCCAGGGCAAGCUAAGGUAAUAGGGACAAUUAUAUGUGUAGGUGGAGCCCUUUUAUUGUCAUUCUACCAUGGACACACCAUUGGUAUAAGUGUACCUAGCAUGCACUGGACAUAUGCUGAGAAUAUGGAAAAGAAUAGUUCCACUUCUAGCAGCCAUGGAAACGCCAUCAUUGGCCCCUUGCUCAUAAUUGCUAGUUCUCUCUCUUGGUCAGUUUGGUUCAUAAUCCAAGCAAGAAUGAACAAGAUUUUUCCAGCUCCUUAUACAAGCACCACAUUGAUGUGUUUCAUGGCCAGCAUUGAGUGUGGGAUCAUUGCCUUAUUCGCCAAACACGACAUUUCUGCAUGGUCGUUGAGCAAUCCAAUGUGGCUUGUUGCAUCUCUCUAUGCAGGGAUUUUCUGUUCUGCACUAGCAUUUGUCAUCACUUCCUGGGCUAUCCAGGUGAAAGGUCCUCUCUAUGUCUCGGUGUUCAGCCCCUUGUUGCUUGUUAUCGUGGCUAUUUCCAGCUGGGCCCUGCUUCAUGAGAAAUUAUAUGUUGGAACUGUUUUAGGGUCUAUUCUAAUCGUCCUGGGGCUCUUUGCUGUUCUAUGGGGGAAGAAUAAGGAGAUGAAACGGAUUAGUGCUAUUGAAGAGAUAGAAGCAGCAAAGCGAGAUGAUGCCAUGAUCCAGAAGGACGACUUGGAACUGCAGGUGAUUGCUGAUGAUGGCAAUCUUUAUGUUACAACAAGAAAGGAGAAGCAUCAAGAAAAUUAAUCCAGUUCGGCAUUUAUUCAAGAAAAGGAAACAGUUGCACAACAUUUCUUGUCACGACUCGUGACUCUCUAUUUACUUUGCUGUAAAGGUAAUAAUGGCUUCCACAUUCCAUGAGGACUCCAAUGAAUCUUAAAUUGAGAAGUUAUUUCUGUAAUCCGUGAAAUGCAUGCUUGUGCUAAUGAUUUUGAGUUUUCAA